AUGCCGCCGCUCAAGAAGAGGAAAGUAAGCCACGAUGAAAACGCAUCCAGCCGGAGUGCUUCAUCGGAACCAGAAUCGAGAUCGGAAGAGUCCGACGCCCGUAGUGAUGGAGGAGAUGACAUUGGCGAGAUCGAAAAGGCGAAUUCUCCAACCACAUUCAAAGAACUCGGGAUAAUCGACUCCCUCUGCGAGGCCUGCGAGUCCCUGGGGUACAAAGCACCCACACCGAUUCAAGCCGAAGCGAUACCGUUGGCAUUACAAGGGCGAGAUCUGAUCGGACUGGCGGAGACGGGUAGUGGAAAGACGGCAGCGUUUGUGCUCCCCAUACUACAGGCACUUAUGGACAAACCGCAACAACUGCACUCUUUGAUCUUGGCGCCGACGAGAGAACUGGCGUACCAGAUCUCUGAGGCGGUAGAAGCACUAGGGUCAUUGAUCGCUGUCCGGUGCGCAGUGUUGGUCGGUGGCAUGGACAUGAUUACCCAGGCCAUUGCCUUGGGAAAGAAACCUCACGUCAUUGUUGCGACGCCUGGACGGCUCCUGGAUCACUUGGAAAACACAAAGGGGUUCUCUCUGCGGCAGCUCAAGUAUCUUGUCAUGGACGAGGCGGAUCGACUUCUUGAUCUUGACUUCGGCCCGAUCUUGGACAAGAUCUUGAAGAUUCUACCCCGAGAAGGCAGAAAGACAUAUCUGUUCUCCGCGACCAUGUCCAGCAAAGUCGAGUCCUUGCAACGAGCUUCCCUGUCAAAUCCUCUCCGCGUUGCAGUGUCUCAGGAUAAAUAUCAGACCGUCUCGACCCUGAUCCAGUCUUACCUCUUUAUCCCUCACAAACACAAAGAUCUGUAUCUGAUCCAUAUCUUGAACGAGCAUGCAGGUCACACGGGGAUCAUAUUCACACGCACAGUCAAUGAGGCGCAGCGCGUCUCGAUUCUUCUGCGCACUUUGGGGUUCUCUGCAAUCCCCAUUCAUGGCCAGCUCUCUCAACAGGCUCGUCUGGCUGCAUUGAACAAGUUCCGUGCCAAAUCUCGCAACUUGCUCGUCGCUUCUGAUGUGGCAGCUCGUGGUUUGGAUAUACCGUCGGUGGAUCUUGUCAUCAAUUUCGACCUUCCUCAAGAUAGCAAGACUUAUAUUCAUCGAGUUGGCCGGACGGCCAGAGCGGGUAAAAGUGGCUUGGCUAUCUCAUUCGUCACUCAAUAUGAUGUCGAGCUCUGGUUGAGGAUCGAGGGUGCGCUGGGCAAGAAACUGGACGAAUAUAAGACGGUCAAAGAGGAAGUCAUGGUGUUGGCCGAGAGGGUGGGAGAUGCGCAGAGGGCUGCUGCCUUGGAAAUGAAGGAAUUGCAUGAGAACAGAGGAAAGAAGGGAGCGACCUUGCGCCAUAGACGGGCGGGUAAGGGAGCUGUUGGUAAACGGGGUCGUGAUGAUAUGGACCAGGACGAGGGUUAA